AACAACACCUGCACCAACCGCACCCGCGGCGCAGGCCCCGUCCCCUCUCCCGACACCUCCGUCGCCUUCCUCUCCUACCAGCCCUUCGCCGACUUCGCAAAGAACGCUACGACACCAACAAACUACACCUCUGCCUUCACGAACCUGCACGCCUCCACCACCGCCUCAAAGUAUCUAGGCGUCGCCGAACUCUCGUCCUACGAUGCGGCAAAUUGCAGCACGCAAUGCGACGCGCAGACCGGCUGCACGGCGAUCAACGUCUUCUUUGAGCGGUCUCCAACGCUGAAUCUGGGUCCGGGGUGCACAAAUGCGCCGAGUAGUACGGUGAUUAAGUGUGUGUUUUGGGGUGAUGCGGUGACGAAGCAGAACACGGUUAAUAGUGGGUAUACGGAUAAUGGGUUUGUCGUUGCAAUUGCGGGGAGUAAUGGGUAUAAUAAGGGACAGGCGGCGCAGGAU